GAGUCUGAGUCCAUUGGAAACCAUUACACCAACCUACCUCCAUUCUUCUCAAGCCCACUAUCAUCUUAACCGGACAAACAACCGCAAUAAUGGCAAUCGAAAAUGCAAACCCCACAAUCAUCAACGUGGACGAGCUGCCCACUCGGCGGGGUAAACCAAAGUCCCUCACCAAGGAAGACCAUAGCAUCCUCUCCCUCCUCACGCCUACCCCCAACCCAGCCCUCCAGAUCUACCUUGAUGGCGAAGAGCCGCUCUCUGACGCCGAAGAUGAGUUGACCGAGGAGCCGAUUGAUGAGCAGGAAAUCUACGGUUCGUCCAUAACCCCUUCCCCGCCUUCUCCAAUUCGCCUCACCUUAUAUAUCCACGGUCUGAUAGAUGAGCCUCAACUAACACCCCCCCGGACCUCAUCUCCACCAUCUCCGACCCCGAACACCCCCUCUCCCUCGGCUCCCUCGCCGUCGUCAACCUUGCCGACGUCUUCAUCACCCCCUCCUCCCCCACCCCCACCGAACUCGUCACAGUCACCGUCCUCAUCACCCCCACCAUCACACACUGCUCCCUCGCCACCGUCAUCGGUCUCGGCGUCCGCGUGCGCCUUGAACAAGCACUCCCGCCAAGAUUUAGAGUCGAUGUACGCAUAAAGCCGGGGACGCAUAGUCAGGAUGAGCAGGUCAAUAAGCAGUUGGCGGAUAAGGAGCGGGUGGCGGCUGCGUUGGAGAAUGCGACGUUGUUGAAGGUGUUGAUGACGAUGUUGGAGACGUGUGCGUAGGGGGGGUUAAAUUGGGAAGGGAGAAGGAGGAGAAAGGAUUGCUGAUGGAGACGCGGGAUGUAGUGGUGAUGCAUGGGGAACCCAGAGGGAUGAGGAUCUGGGGAUGGGGAGGGGCGAGAGUGGGAUUGACGACGCCGUACUCUACAAGGAGAUCCGGUGCUCACUGGUGUGCAUGGGCAACACCUCGAUACGUCAGCGCCGCUUUCGGCCAGGGUGGUUGAGCUGAACGUCAAACCAUCACCACCACCAUAACCAGCACACACGACCCCGUCUUCCACAGCACCACAGGCAUGCGAAAUAUAGAUAGAUACUCUACAUAUAUACAUACACACACAGCACACCACUGCGGUGCAUAUAAUUACCC